AGAAAAAGACAGUGAGAAACUAAGUUAUUGGCAGUGGAUCCACUGGAAUCAGUGACCUUUGAAGAUGUCACCAUUGACUUCACUCCGAAAGAAUGGACCCUACUGGACACAUCGGGGAGAAAACUAUACAAAGAUGUGAUGCUGGAAAAUAUUAGUCAUCUGGUAUCUGUUGGGUAUCAGUUCUGCAAAUCAGAUGUGAUUUUCCAUUUAGCAAAAGAUGAAAUGGAGUGGACAGUGGAAGGAAGAGGAUUUUCUCAAGGCCAAAGUCCAGGUAGGGCAAUUUCACAUAAACUGCAAGAAAUCCUACCCACACAACAGAUCAGCAGGGAGAAUACACCCAUAGUCAUGUCAACGAAAUCUACUCAAGAAAAUCCAUUUAAAUGGAAUGAUAUGGCAAAAAAUGUCACUGAAAGCUCCGCAUUGAGUCAAAAUGUGUUCACGUACAGAGCAAAGAAGUCCUUUGUCAACCAUCAGUGUGGAAACUCCUUUAAUAACUAUUUAUAUCUUAAUCAAUGCAAGAAAAAUGAAACAAGUAAAUCAUGUAAGUGCCAUCUGUGUGGGAAUGCAUUCAGGCAAUCAGUUAAUCUUAGACUACAUGAGAGAGUACGCACUAGGAAUAAGUCAUAUGAAUGUCAUAUAUGUGGGAAAACUUUCAUAUUGCCUCAUUCCCUUAGAGCACAUGAGAGAAUGCACACUGGUGAGAGGCCUUAUGAAUGUCAUCUAUGUGGGAAAGCCUUCACUCGCUCUUCUUCUCUAAGAAAUCAUGAGAGAACACACAUUGGAGAUAGGCCAUAUGAAUGUCAUCUAUGUGGUAAAGUCUUUCAUCACUCUUCCUCCCUUACAAAACAUGAGAGAAAACACACUGGAGAGAGGCCAUAUGAAUGUCAUCUGUGUGGGAAAGUCUUCUGUCAGUCAUCUUCCCUUACGAAACAUGAGAGAAAACACACUGGAGAGAGGCCAUAUGAAUGUCACCUGUGUGGAAAAGCCUUCUAUGAUUCUUCUGGCCUUAGACAACAUGAGAAAACGCACAGUGGAGAAAGGCCACAUGAAUGUCGUCUCUGUGAGAAAGCCUUCCGUUGCUCUUCUUCCCUUACGAGACAUGAGAGAAAACACACUGGGGAAAGGCCAUAUGAAUGUCAUCUGUGUGGAAAAGCCUUCUAUGACUCUUCGUGCCUUCGAGCACAUGAGAGAAUGCACACUGGAGAGAGACCAUAUAAAUGUCAUCGAUGUGGGAAAGCCUUCACUUACACUUCUUCUCUAAGAAAUCAUGAGAGAACACACACUGGAGAGAGGCCACAUGAAUGUCAUCUAUGUGGGAAAACCUUCAGUUACUCUUCUUCGCUUAAGGUACAUGAGAGAACACACACUGGAGAAAGGCCAUAUAAAUGUUAUCUAUGUGGGAAGGCCUUUCUUUGUAACUCUCACCUUAAAAAACAUAAUCGAACUCACACUAGAGAGAAACCAAUAUGCUUGCCAUCUGUAUAAGAAGGCUUUUAGGAAUUGUAAUUCCCUUAUACAACAUGAGAAAACACUCAAUAAAGAAAGGCCAUAUAAAUGUCA